GCUGCGUAUGGACCGGCGUGGCGCCGCUUUAGGCAAAACCAGCCCUUCUAUGGUGCAUGAUUCCCUCAAAGCCAGCCUAGUGACACCAUUCUGCGCCUUCCCACCUCUAUGGUGGAAGUCUCCCAUCUUUGUUUUUAAAGCGCCUAAAAAGCACCAGGAGGAGCAGCUGAGACUUCAACAAACACCUAUCUAAACCCGACAGUUCCGGCCCCGACUCCCUAUGGAUGCGCGCUGCGGUGCUGCUCUAGGCCUCGCCGCUUCUAUGGCCAAAACUGGAGGAGAGGAAGGAGAAACCGAUCUAUUUCCUCUUGGGACCGGAAGUGCCCGUCUCCAUGACGACGGCGUUUGUGCGUGCGCGCGCGGGGGAUCCCCGCCGUCCCGCGCUGCCGGAGUGGCUCCUCCUCUUCCUCCUCCCCCCUCCCCCGCGCAGAUGGGGGGAGGAGCAGGAUGCGGGUCGUCACUUCCGACUGCGGGCCCUUCCCGGCCGCCAUCUUGCGGUGUGGGGGGACGCGGGGGGCCCGGGGGCCGCGGCGGGCCGCUCGAUGGGAAGAUGCAGCGCACAGGGCUGGGCGGGGCGGGGCCUGGCGCCGCGCUGGGGGCGGGGCCGGGGCGCGCACUGUUGAGGCGGGAGCUGCGGCUGCUCGAAUCCAUCUUCCACCGCGGCCACGAGCGCUUCCGCAUCGCCCGCGCCUGCCCGGACGAGCUGGGCUGCGAGUUCCUGCCCGGCCCGGGCGGCGGAGGGCCCGUCCGUAUCCAUGGCAACAUCACGGAGUCUUAUCCGGCUGUUCCCCCGAUAUGGUCCGUGGAAUCGGACGACCCCAACCUGGCGGCGAUCCUGGAGAGGCUAGCUGACGUGAAGAAAGGAAACACGUUGCUCCUGCAGCACCUGAAGCGGAUCAUUUCCGACCUCUGCAAACUCUACAACCUCCCCCAGCAUCCGGAUGUUGAGAUGCUGGACCAGCCUCUGCCUGCAGAGCAGAGUACACAGGAAGAAGUGUCCUCAGAAGAGGAAGAUGAGGAGAUGCCGGAGGACACGGAAGAGCUCGAUCACUACGAGAUGAAGGAGGAGGAGCCGGCAGAAGGGAAGAAGGCCGAAGACGAUGGCAUCGGCCAGGAGAACCUGGCCAUCCUCGAGAAAAUAAAAAAGAACCAGAGGCAAGAUUACUUAAAUGGGGCAGUGUCUGGGUCUGUGCAGGCCACCGACCGGCUAAUGAAGGAGCUCAGGGAUAUUUACCGAUCGGCAAGUUUCAAGGGUGGAAACUAUGCAGUUGAACUAGUGAAUGACAGCCUCUAUGAUUGGAACGUCAAACUCCUGAAGGUGGACGAGGACAGCGCCUUGCACAGCGAUCUACAGAUCCUCAAAGAGAAAGAGGGGGCGGACUUCAUUCUCCUCAACUUCACAUUUAAGGAUAACUUCCCCUUCGACCCGCCCUUCGUAAGGGUCGUGUCUCCCGUGCUGUCGGGAGGGUACGUCCUGGGCGGAGGAGCUAUCUGCAUGGAGCUUCUAACAAAGCAGGGAUGGAGCAGCGCUUACUCGGUGGAGUCAGUGAUCAUGCAGAUCAGUGCCACACUUGUGAAAGGCAAAGCCAGGGUCCAGUUUGGUGCCAACAAGAAUCAGUACAGCUUGACAAGAGCGCAACAGUCCUACAAGUCCCUGGUCCAGAUUCACGAGAAGAAUGGCUGGUACACGCCCCCUAAGGAAGACGGCUAAGCAUGGAGACGAUUGCCUUGGGCAGCCAAGGUCCGGUCUCAACUUCCCUACUGAACGCUGCGUUUGGAUCGCAAGGAUGCCUGCUCUUCCUCCUAGGAGCAGGACACUUCCUCUCUCUCCGCCGCCCAUUUUUGCAAGGCGAUUUAGCGAGCGGCUCCGACAGACUUUUACGGAAUUAUAAAAACUGUUGCGAGCAGCCGGGACCCCUCCCCUCCUUAGGCUCCUUCCAGGCCUUGCUUGGACCCGCGCUAGCAGGCAACUGGCAGUCACUCUUAUUAAAAAAAACCACACACACACACAGCAAAACUCUUGAUUCUCUUGUUAUCGCUGGAAGCGUCCAGCUCCGCUGCAGUCUAGAGCACCUCUGCCUCUCCCUCUGCUACGGAUUUAAUUUAUUUUCCUAUUUUCAUGUACACUGCUUUUUUUUUUUGGGUUACAGUGUAUGAUGGAUGUGUAUGGGGGAAAAUGUAUCUUUGGAGAACAAUUACAUUUGUUAAUUUGAA